AAGAUACAUUUAUUUAUUCGUCUAUUUUGUUUCAUGAAAUAGGCACACAGACAGUAAAAGAUGUAACAUAUGGUUCAGUGUUUAGGAUAAUUAUUUCCUACAUGGGCAAAUGAUUGUUUAGCCUCGGUUGCCUGGGGCAACGGGAGAAAGACGAGCUGCAGGAGCGGGGAAGACCCCGGGAAAGUUGACGUCAUCAGACGGAACUCCCCUCACCAUCUCACAACCGACAUCAGUGCUGCUGUGUGUCCUGGCUUCAGUAACACACAGCCAGUGGGCUGGCAGCCGAUGUGUAAACAGGUUACGGCGAGAGACAGCGGAGAUGGUGUUAUCUGUGAACGGUGGCAGCGGUUCCGAGACUGUUUACAAACGGAGACGGAUGAACGGGGCAUCUCCUCUGACUGAGAUGCUCACACCUGCUCAACAGCGGCAGACGGCCAGGCACAGGAAACAGAAACUCAUGUCCAAACUCAGUGACUCGGGUUUCGAGGAAGACUUGGGAUCCUCCCCGGUUUCAUCACCGGUUCGGACAAACGUGUCCCCGCUCCGUUUAGAUGGUCCAGAGCCUCCUCCUGCAGAACAGCUGUCCAGCUGGUACCUCCAGUACGGAGACAUCGGUUACAACAUCCAGAGGGAGAGGGAGGCGCAGUUUUAUCCCUGCAAAAGCCUGGCACGCCAGCCACAGCUGAAUGCAGAGGCACGGUGUAAACUCGUCAGCUGGCUCAUCCCUGUACACAAACAUUUCCGUCUGUCCUUUGAGUGCUGCUGCCUGGCAGUGAACGUCAUGGACAGAUUUCUGGCAUCCACGGCAGUGGCUGCUGACUGCUUCCAGCUGCUUGGUGUCACAGCACUCCUUCUAGCCAGUAAACAGGUGGAGAUCUGCUCACCACGGAUCAGCCAUCUCCUGUCACUGUGCUGCGAUGCCUUCACCAAGGAGCAGCUGUGCAACCUGGAGUGUCUCAUCCUCCUCCGUCUCAAUUUCCACCUUGCUGCACCCACUCUGGCCUUUUUCCUGGACUAUUACACCAACUGCAGUGAGGCUGCCGAGCUUGUGUCUGAGAACAGAUGUGGUGACAGGUUUGCAAAACUGACUCCAGACACAAAAAGACUCAGGCAGUGCAGCAACCUCGCACGAAAGGUGUGUGAGUUGAGUCUAGCAGACUAUGCUUUUAACAAAUACCCACCAUCUCUGACUGCUAGCUGUGCACUGAGGCUAGCCAGCGAGUUGCUGAAAACUGAACAAGGGCGUGUUGAGAGUGCAACCAUCCAGCUACAGGGAGACCAGUGGGACAGUUUUGGGGAUGAAUUAUGUGCUCAACCAUGUGAGAGCCCUGAGGUUUCUGAAGGUCACUCUCUGAUAGUGAAAGACCAUGUCCUGCCUGUAGGUCAGGAGAGCUACAACCACAACCUGGCCCAGGAAUGCAAAGACAACCUGAAGCUGCUGGUGUCAUUAAACCAAGAGACAUUGGAAGCAAUGUCCACCAUGUGACUGCAGUGUGCCACACACAGAUGUUAGCAAAAUGCCAAAUUCCCCUCUACGUUUUGGGGUUACAUUCUAGGGUAUAUUUUGAAACCUCAUAUAUCUCACAGACAAUCAGUCAUACUUGAUACCAGCUGGUGAAUGUUUUACAACGUAGCAUUAUGGUUUUAUAUUAUCAUAAAUCAAUGAAGUACGUUAAUAUAUUCUUUUUAUUUUAAAAAUUCUAAAUCAAAAUCAUUAUUUUAUUUAUUAUGUAUGCACUGACUUGUUGCGGGUUUAUAAGUUAUGUUACUGUUGCAACCUCUCAAUGAAGGACCUGAGAAAAUGUGCUAUGAUGU